UGCUAUCCUGGGUGGGGCGAGAGAACGAGCGGCGAGGGUUUACACUAGGGUUUAACGCGGGGCGCGCGGGGCGGGGGAGAGAGAUCGCUCCGCCAUGUCCAGCAGCCAGAUGGUAUCUCCGCCCCGCGAGGAGGAUUUCAACAAUGAGCUGGAGGAGGGCGAGGAGGAGAAGAUGGACAUGUCUCUGGAUGAGAUCAUCAAGCUCAACCGCGACACCAUGAUGCAGAGCCCCGUGAGAAGCAACAAUUCACAGCGCAGCAGCGAGCGCCCUCCGCCGCCGCGGCGAGACGCCCGAGAGGCAAUUCGUCGCUCCGCGGCCUCUCGCUCCGCCGCAAUCCGCCAGGGAAGGAUUCCCGAGCGAAGGAGCGAGACUUUCUACUCUGGAUCUCGGCCGUAUCACGCACCCAUCAAGAGCCGUGUUGGCGGCGGGGGCGGCGGCGGUGGCGGUGGCAACAGGAACGAGAUGUUUAAGCGGAGUGGCUUCCCCCGGAAGCACUUGGCUCCCGGCGAUAGAGUGGAUAUCUAUGAGGGAGCCGCUGGGAAGCUCAAGAUCUCGGUGGUGAAUGAGAACAGCAAGCCAGCACCAACGCAAAGGCCACCUCCUCCAGGGCGUGGGGGAGGCGGCGGUGGCGGCGGCGGUGCGAGAAUGAACUGGGACAACGAGUUUCGAGUUCGUGACGAUCUGGACGACGACUUUGAAGACUACGACCGUCCAAUGCAGGUCCAGCUGAGGAUGCCAUAUGGAUCCAACAAGUUGGAUGACUACUCCGAUGUGCCCAAGAGGCACCGCACUCUCGACUCCUUGUUUGCGAGCAUCAAAGAGCAGCGCGAGUUUGGACGCGUUCAGAACUUUGGCUCCGGAAGAUUCCGUGCGCAGUCUUUCAGGAAGCGGUGAACGACACCUCGUAAAACAGAGCCUUCACUCCUAUAAGAUCAGCCAACUUAUUAUCUUCUGUCUCUUGAUUUCAUGUUUGUCACGCCUGUACAUAGUAUCACCACCUAUUUGCUCAAUGCUUGGAUCCCAAGAAAAAUAUACGAAAACUUCCAGAAGGUUUU